AUGGUGUUGUUGAGACUCUGUACAACCUUGCUGCUCUUCUCUAUUCUCUUAAUCUACAAAGCUGAAUCAAAUUAUAUGGUAAAACAUACCCUGAUAACUCAGUUGAACACAGCUGACACACUAGCACCCUCACCUCCACAUACAGAUUGUGAUGGAGCUUGUGCUGCUCGGUGCCAACUGUUGUCGCGGCCGAGCCUGUGUUGGAGGGCAUGCGGGACUUGCUGCGCUGGCUGCGACUGCGUGCCCCUGGAAACUUCUGGCAAUUACGACGCCUGCCCUUGCUAUGCCAAGAUGACUGCCCACGGAGGCAGGCUUAAAUGCCCCUAGAAGGGUUUCAUCAUCGACUAAGCUUCACCUGCGAAAUAU